AGUGUGUGCCCUUGUAUGACAAAGGACUGCUUGCCCAUUCACAUGACUCAAUAGAGAUCCUUCAUAGAAGCAGGAACAGUCUCAUGGUAGGUGGACACAGGCCCCCCAAAGGCCCAGAAAGUCUGUUUGACUACCCUAGCCAAAGGUAGGGUGCUGUUUUGCACCCAGGAGGUUCUGGUUCAUUUGGGAUCUCAGUAGGAAAGGUGUGGGCUCUCAAGGCUAGUUAACUGGUUUAUUGCAUAAAGAAUAGUAGUAGUAGAAAAUGUGAUAGCAAUCUUAAGUCACUUCUGAUACUGAGGACCCUGGCUAUAACAUCAUGAGACAAGCCCCUUCACAUUGAUCAGCAUGCUCUACAGAUCCCGUCUGUGAUGCCUUCAGUGUUUGACAAAGAACCUUUCCAGAUAUGCUGCGGAUAUUAAGUCAUUGCCACCCAACAUAAAGGAUAAACUGAUUACAUUAAUGAGUAGGCAAGGGCAAAUAACUGAUUCAAAUAUCAGUGAGGUAUUGCACCCUGCUGUAGAGUCUCUAGACCUUCGAGACUGUGAUAUUUCAGAUAAUGCAUUAUUGCAGCUUUAUAACUGCAAGCAACUGAAAAAAAUCAACUUAAAUUCUUGCAAAGAAAACAGAUUGGGAAUCACUUCAGAAGGUGUCAUAGCACUGGCCUUAUCCUGUCCUUACUUGUGUGAAGCGUCUUUUAAAAGGUGCUGCGAUAUAACUGACAGUGGAGUUCUUGCUCUUGCGCUCAACUGCCAGUUCCUACAAAUAGUGAACUUGGGCAGCUGUUCAGGCAUCAUGGAUGCAUCUCUGCAGGCACUAGGAGAAAACUGCAAAUUUCUUCACAGUGUGGACUUUUCAUCUACUCGGGUAACAGAUGAUGGCGUUGUAGCACUAGUGAGUGGAACUUGUUCAAAGAAUUUAAAGGAGAUCCACAUGGAACGCUGUGUGAAUCUGACUGAUGUUGCUGUGGAAGCAGUCCUUACUUGUUGUCCAAAGAUACACAUUUUUCUGUUCCAUGGAUGCCCAUUGGUAACAGAUCGUUCCCGAGAUGUUUUAGAGCAGCUAGUCAUAUCAAACAAAAUCAAGCAAGUAACAUGGACUGUUUACUGAUUAUCUGUUGUGUACAUAUGAGUGUAAAGUUUACAGAUGGAAGACCUCUUUCAGAAAACAAGCACCUUGGAGAAAUAGCUGGUGACUUUUGUACCACCAGAUUGCUUCCCUACUUGUUCCCACCACAGGUCUCCAUUAUCAUUCCAGUCCUUGCCUGUGAGUCUGGGCUUCCCCAUUGUCUCUACUUAGAGCCCUGCCUGUCUUUGCAUCACUGAUCAUACCUCAUUAAGAGGAAAGUUAAACUAUAAUUAAUGUUACACUGUCAUCGCUCAGCCUCCUUGAAAUAUCAGAUUUGGUUACUACUUAGCAUCUUUUAGCAUCUUAGCUACAUAUACAAACCCAAUUUAAGUAAGUCUGUGUUAUGAGUUUGUAGUCUGAGGGGGUAGUUGCAACUAAAAGUACCAAGCCCAAACAUAGUAUUAACGCUUACGCAGAAGUGUCUGUAAAGUUGGGACUUUAAUCUGACAAAAGUCAACAGACAGAACUGGUGAAUGGAGGUGACAUUAACAGCAAUGCAAAUGUAUUUUAAGUAGUAACAAGCAAUCUCCUUUCACCAUGUACUUUUGCUAGGUCUGGAAGAACAACCACGGAUACCUUUCUUUUGAUGUUACUGAUGCUGCACGUUUCUGUUUUUAUUUACCAUCAAGUACUUCCUGGAUUUUUACACAUCUGGAAGUACAGUCUGUGAACAUGUAAACAUAAACUUGCUUUGAAAUUGUUGUAACUUAACAAAUUUCAGAGUAGUAGCUAUGACCAAUUAAAAGAAUCUUGUAUAUGGGCAAGUACUUACUUGCUUUGGCUUUUGCCUAUGUUCCUGCAUGAAAAUCCUUUUAGGGAACAAAACAUUGGUCCUCAUAAGCAUAGCUGUGAGUCAAAUAGGACCAAAUUUAGUGUCUGAGUACAUGAAUCUCAGGGUGGUAGAGUUCAGCAGAGUAUGUGUUCUGCUGUAUGUGGAAAAGAAAAAAAAAAUUAGAAGUGUAGAAUGAGUUUAUUACAUGAUGGAGCAGUGGUCUCAUCACAAUGAUAAGUCAUGUUCAUUGGCUUUCUUGAAACAGCAUAACCUCUAGUAAGACUUCUAUGAAUUCUACAUUAAACUUUAAAAAACGCUAGCAAUUUUAACAUUAUACAGGGCAGGUAGCACACUAUGUUGAUACCCUGCAUCUGGAAGUAGCAGGGUUUAGCUAGUGUGGUCUUACAUGGAUCUGAUGACACUUAGAAUCCGAUAAGUUUAGGCAACCAUAAGGAGUGUUUACUUUAUAAUUUAACACUUGUCAUAGCCACACUCAUUUUAAGUGUUGCAGAAACAAACCAGUCUUCUAAUCAGGUCAAAUUGCAUGGAAGAUAAUAAUAUAUGUUGCAUCCAGUAAUAUUAAAGGAUAUUAUGAUGUCUGACAAUAAUCUCUGUUCUUCUGUUGAUUAUAUGGUUUAUGGAAGAGCAAGUCCGUUUAUAAAACUUGCUCAAGUGUAACUGAAGGCAUAAUUUUCAAACGCCAGUGCCUACCUAAAUCCCUAACUCUUGUUCCAUGCAGUACCAUGGCUCAGCCCAGUGAUGAAUGUGUUCCUGUGACAUCUAUAGGUAUAGCUGCACCAGCACAAACUAUUCCUGCAAACAGGAGAAGUUGGUUUUGCUACAUUAGCAACUAGCAUCUGAAGGCUGUAAUUGCAGCAAAUACUUGGACCAGAUAGAGGCCUAAGAACCUAAUCGACCAUGGUUUAUUCCCUUUUUUGGCUAAGAGUAGUUUAUUUUUUCGCCCUGUGGAAUCCCUGGUAUCAAUCAGACCCAUUGUUCCUUUGAACACUUGGACAUGAGUUGGCAAUAAAUUUGUUUUGUGCUGUUUUUCAUAUUGAUCCAUCUAGCUGAUCAGGCAGCAGCAAUGACAUGCUCAGUAAUCGUGUCAGGUAAGUAAAGCAUAAGGAUCAGGCUGCCAGCCCUGGUUUCAGGAAGGGUGCCACAAAGAGAGUAAGUAGAAUUGUAAGCUAACUCAAGUGGGAGGGGGCCUCAGGAGGUUUCUAGUCUUAACUUCCUGCCCAAAGCAAGACCAGCUCCGAGCACAGACCAGCUUAGUCAGGGCUUUAUCCAGCCAAGUCUUGAAAAACUGAAGAUGACAGAGCCUUUACAACUUUUUGAGGCAACUUGUUCCACUGCUUGACAGUAUUAAUGGUGGAAAAUUUUUCUUUUAUCCUGUUUGACCUUACUUUGUUGUAACUUACACCCUUUCUUGCUGGAAGAGCCUGGUUGUCAUCCCAACAACCUCCUCAUAGGUGUGGGCAGGCUGCUCAUAGGUCCUUAUGUAACUGUAACAUAGCACGGUGAUGGUCACCAGACUCUCAUCUCAAGUGCUACAUCCAGAAAGAAAAUUGUAAAUGAAGAUAAUGUAAAGCAGCUAAAGGUGGAAGACCACCACCAUCUGUAACAGCAAAAGACACUUAAAAAAAUUUCCAUCUGUGGGACUGUGCUAAUGCUAACCUCGCUGGCAAAGUUGUCCUUUUUCCCCUUUCUGAUGUAACCUUGGAUUUGUCAUGUUGAAGGCAAAUGCAGCUUAUACGGUGUUCUUAAAUGUGCAUGUAGAUGUACCAUCUUCUCCCAUAGCCUCUUCUAAAUGUGUAACUUAGUGGUAUAUUCUCACCUUGUGCUUAAAAAUCUGUACAAUGCUGCAAUGAAUUAACGCUGUAUUUUUCGGUUUGAAAGUUUAAUGUAAGUCACGUUAAAUCCUUCACUAUCUUGAGUCUGCUCUCUUAUGUGUUUAUUACUAGCAUAACUCUACUGGAGUAUUUUUUGAUUCAGGUUAAAUCAGUAAUUUGUGAGAGACUGAACAAGUUAAUGUCUCAAACACUGUGGUGGAGCAAGUUCUGCAUAACGACGAACUCUGGCUAACAAUGAACCCUGCAUGAACCGCAGGUGAGAAGCUGAUGGAGGGCGUGCUGGAGGGUGCAGUUCCCUGCUCUGAUACGCUGAGCGGGGCAGUUCACCAGAUAUGGCCAGAGGUCAAAGAAGGCUUAUGCCUGCAGGGACGGAGAAGUUACUCCCCAAACAACAUCAAGCCCACCGACCCAUUUCUUGAAGGUUCUGAAGGUACAAACUGUGCAGGGCACCUAAUGAGUUCAAGUGCCUGCCCGAAGGAGGGGCAAGAAGACUAUGUACACCCUCCGGAACUGAACCUCUAGACUGGCUGGACCAAUGCUGGACACAGGACUGGUGACAUCUUUAUCUUCUUUUCCUCUUUUCUCUUCUUCUCUCUCCUUUUUUCACAAUCCCUGCACCUCAUCCCUUUAGAGGUAAGACCAUUGACCAACUCUGGGACUAGGAGUGGAUCCAGCUGCCCCUGGGCUCCUCUCUGAGAAGGAGUCUAGAAAGCAAGGGGCUCGGCUCUGAACCUCGUGACUCAACAGGAGGGAUCGCCUUCUUCCCUGAAUUGGUAUGUAUAUGGUUACCACGGGUCACACAGUUCACUGAUGUAGUUUCAUGCCAGUUCCUGUUCUGAGAAAACACAUCACCUGCUAUUACGCCUUCCAAGUUCAGGCUCCUUCUGCCGUAAAUAAAAUGUUUAACUGAU